AUGACAUCCCGCCUGGUCCUCGUAAUUGGGGAUCUCCAUAUUCCAGACCGAGCAAUAGACAUACCAUUAAAGUUCAGAAAACUCCUAACACCCGGUAAAAUCGGACAAACGCUCUGUCUAGGAAACCUCACAGACAAACCUACAUACGACUACCUCCGCUCCAUAUCCCCCGACCUAAAGAUCGUGAAAGGAAGGUUCGACGCCGACGCCACAUCCUUACCACUCGCGCAAACGGUAACGCAUGGGUCGCUAAAAAUAGGGUUCUUGGAGGGGUUUAGCAUGGUGGCUCCGAUGGAGAUGGAUCUGAUGCUGGCGGAAGCGAAUAAGAUGGAUGUGGAUGUGUUGUGUUGGGGCGGAACGCAUAGAUUUGAUGCGUUUGAGUAUGAGAAUAAGUUUUUUGUGAAUCCGGGGAGUGCGACGGGAGCGUUUACUACGGGGUGGGUGGGGGAUGGAGAGGAGAUGGUUCCGAGUUUUUGUUUGAUGGAUGUUCAGGGUUUGGGUUUAACGCUUUAUGUCUACCAGUUACGGAAGGAUGCGAAUGGCGUUGAGAGUGUCAAUGUGGAGAAGAUUACAUAUACCAAGGUGGUGGGAAGUUCAUGA